AUCUCUCGUCACAGUUUAGAAGACAUUUCCCAGCCACCUCUCUGGAGCACUCUGUGAGUGCAGCGCAGCCUCAUGGUCAAUUUGACACGUGGGCGUGUCUUCAGACACGCACGCCUUCUUUACGACCACCAGGUUAUCUACCUCAGCUAGCCUCGCUACGGCUUCCUGAGUCAUAGUCUAAUGUACUCGUUUACCGUACAUUUUUGUCGCGAAAAGUGAAAAAAACUGUGCAAACACUCUGUAGAGAUGAUAAGCGACUAUGAAGAUGACACGCAUUACUGUUUAAAGUGCCACUGUACCAUAAUAGGAUUGGACAAUUACGUUAGUCAUCGAAAAUCGAAAUGCGGAAAGGACAUCGAAAAAAUUUCGCAGCAGUCCGGUUUAACAGAACAUCUUUUACAUUCUGACGAGCCCGUUACACUAAAAGCGGACGCUUUCUUUUCAUCCUUAGAGUUGCAAAGUAGCGCUAAGAAGACCUCGCCAGCAUCUGGGGGUAAAUCUACGGCCGGAGUUUUAACUCGAAGUAAAGCGUCUGCUGUCAUACAAGCCAGCAGCUCAGGAAAAGACAAUGUAAACUACUUAGAAAGUACUAAGCACGACGAGUGGCUCACAGAUCAUUCCUUAAUUAUUCAUCAGAACAGAGCGCAAACAGCUCAUAAAAGUGGGGUUAAAAAGGAAGAAACGGAUUUAAAUCUUUACGCAGAUAGCGAGGAAGAGUCCGACGAGUGUGACUACGACGACGAGGAUUCUGACUACGAUGAGGAGGACGAUGACGCUCCACCUCGAUCAUUUACAGGAGGGAAGUGGAAGCCCACCUCUUCUCCAAUUCCAAACUCUUCUGGAGAUUACAAUUAUUGGAACGUACCACCGCCACACCACACUGGUGCAAAGUGGAAACCCCAACCAUCCUCAAAAUUUAGUUUACAAUCGGAACACCUCACCGGAAAAUGGAAAUCUCCAGCCUCGAAGGAACUGUUCAAUACACCUCCCAUUAGUUUCACCGGAAGCAAGUGGACCCCAUCAAAAAUUGUUAAAACGGAAAGCUUAAAACAGAAACCGCGCAAAAGCAUCACGUACGAGUCAUUGCAAACAGAGCCAUCGAUAGGAAAAUGGUUCUAUCAACCGGAUCCAGAGUGUACGAAGGGAAAAUGGAAACUCGAAAACGACACGGAGGAAUUACCCGACGAUGUGCCGUCCCCGUUCUACACAAAAGGCAAGUGGAAACCUGCACAAGCCGACUGCAUCAGUGUGGCUAAUCAAGCGCCAUCGUCGGAUACAGAAACGGAAAUGCCACCAUUUCGGAAAUCAAGUGGUACAGUUCAAUACUGGUGUGGCCCGUGCAACAGGCACCUUGCAUCGAAAAUCGUGUACGAAAGACACUUAAAAUCAGAAUUACACUUUAAGCGCACCCUGCAAGAUCGGGAGUUUGAAGAGUCCCCUUACGUCAGCACUCUAUUAUCGAAAACAAAGCGAGCGUACAGCGCUACCCAUGAUAUCAAAAUUAGAGAAGGGACGAGAACGCGGCGUAAAAUAUAUACACCCUGCACCGUGUGUGAUUCGAAAGUUAACUCCAGUUUAAUCGGAAAGCAUCUCAUCUCCCACUACCACUGCCUUCGAAGCGACUUAAACUCCCACGAGCCUAGGCAGAUGGUACUCGAUAACAUUCACAGUGUAGUUUUACAAUCACCGUUUCAGUGUGGUCCUUGCAAGUAUUACUUUAAUACUCACGAACUCUUUUUGCUCCACUGGACCUCGGAGGAACACAAUGACGUUGUUAGAAAUACGUCGAGCUUCUUCUGGUGCUCGGAGUGCAAGCAUCGCGCUGCGACUUCGGACGAGAUGUACUUGCAUUUAAAUUCGGACGAGCAUCGUGAAAUAAUUGCGGUUAUCAACCGUUCAGUGCCUGUAGUGAUCAAGAAACUAACACCGAUCAACUGCCCGACUUGCAACGAGGAAUUCUUAUACAACUUUCUCUUGCGGAGGCACUGCGAGAAAGAGGAUCAUUCGUACAACGUCACCGUCAGUGACGAAUACCAAAGCCGGUUUAAGUGCGGGGAGUGUGAGGCGGUUUUGAAAUCGAGGGUCGCGUACCAGCGCCAUCGAAUGAUUGCGCACCGAACGAAGUUUUAUAUUUGUUCGGGAUGUGCGUUGAAUUUUAAUGAUAUUGAGGAGGCGAAGCGUCAUCGUGGUACGCCUGAGCAUCGUUGCGCUGUUGCUGAGAAAAAGCGAAGGGAGGGACUUCUUGCGAAAGAUUUGUCGAAGUCGUGUCAUUAUUGCACGGAGCGAUUUGAGAACAUAAUCAAGUUGAAAGAUCAUCUUAGGGAUAAACAUGCAGAGCACAAUCACAGCUGCCCCUACUGCGGCAAAGUGUUUACCAUCCCCCAAGACUUAACGGUGCAUGUACGUACAAAAGCUUGUACUUUUGAUGAAAACGAAUCCAAAACGAAUGCAUGUGAUCAGUGCCAAUAUACGACAGACUCAACAUCCGAAUUUCUAUUCCAUAAAGUUCUGCAUACCGAACCUUUAUAUGUGUAUGCAGAUGAACAAGAAUCGGCGGCAAUAGGAAAACGUCAAAUUCCACAAUACAAAUGCCCCAUUUGUGAGAAAUUCUAUGUAAAAUCCUCUUUACGUUGUCAUAUACGAAUACAUACGAAAGAGCGGCCUUUUGUGUGUGCGUUAUGCAAUGCUGGAUUUGUGAGAAAGAAUAAUUGGGUUUUACAUAUGAAGAAUCAUGACAAGAGCAGUAUAAGAAAAUUGGAGAGCUCUAAUCAAACUGCGGAGUUGGGCGAACGGCCGUUUUUAUGUUCCACAUGCGGCGCGAGCUUUAAAAAAAGGUCGAUUUUACAGCAGCAUAUGACAAGACACACGGGGAAAUCAAUUAAGUGUCACCAUUCCGGAUGUGUAUUUUCCGCACGUUUUCCUGCCGAAUUGAAAACUCAUUUACUUACACAUUCCGAUGAUAAACCAUUUUCCUGCGACCGUUGCGAUUACCGUGGAAAAACAAAACAGCAAUUGGAAAGACAUUUCAGCAUGCACCAGGAUUCCAAAAAAUUCCAAUGCCCUCAGUGUACGUUCUCAUCAAGGCUUGCGUCACACCUAAAGAGACAUCUGAGAUUGCAUACGGGAGCGAAACCGUUUGUUUGUCCUCACUGUAACUAUUGCUGCAACAAUCUAGAAAAUCUACGAAAGCACGUUCUGUUAACUAACAAGCAUCCGGGCAAGUCAAUUUACGAAUGCAAAUUUUGCCAGACUGAUAGCUUUGAGACGAACUUCGCUAAAGAUUUUAAAAUUCAUUUGCUGACUGAGCACCCCGAUACAUUUGUCUCAGGGAAAGAAGCAGCCACUUACAUUGCGGGCAUAUACGAAGCAACCAACGACGGAACAUCCGUACAAAUCUUUAAUGAUUCAGAUGACAAAGAAAGGAACUACCAAAGAGAGGAAGCUUUAUCUCAAUUUCAAGAUUCGAUACAGCCAGUAUCAUCGCGACCUACAAACAGCAAUGUCGGAUCUACAAUCUUGCUUACAUCCGUUACUACUCAGGACUCCUCCGAGCAUAAAAUACAAGAGGAACUUUUUCCUAUGUUAAUCGUAUCAAAGGACGUUGUGUGUAUUGAAAACCCAUCAGAAGCCUGGAAUAUUGGCGGAAGCUACGACGUCGAGGAGUCUGGUAGUUUAGUGCCUUUCCAUUCGGUCGGAGAAUCCUUAUUUAAUGAACAUUUCCAAUAGUUUAACGUAUCAUUGUUAUUACGUUCAAAAUAUUAGACGUUUGCAUUAUUUUAGUGGAUCAUUUCAAUAUAAAU